AUGGAUCGUGGCCUCAUUACCGCGGCCCAGCUCUCAUCUCUGUUUCCUUCGUCGCAAUCCACCUCAAUAUCCAUCCAAUCCUCACGCCCGUCAUCUUCCCUCACAAUUCCCGACGCGUCCACAAUUCCCAAUGAACACGCCUCUUACUCCGCCGUUCUUCACACUCCCAUCACUGGUACUAUUCUUCUGCGAGUACUUCAUGGCGGAUUUAUUCUGGAGAUUGUGUCCCUGUCAACAAGCGUAGCCCCCGUGCGCUUUGUUUUCCAAUCCAUGAUUCUCUCAGCACCAGCCAUAUUUUUAUGGGAAGCCGAACUCCACAUACUGGCAGUGACCAACACUGGGUCGUUAUACCGCCUCAUCAUUCCUGUGGACACAGCUAUGAACCUUUGGGCCCGCCAGCUCCCAAAUAUCUCCCAUUGCGAGUACCAUAUCAAGCACUUGGAAGGCACCUUGAGCGGUCUUGUUCACGUUCAUGGCACUCAUUGCAUCGUGAUCGGCCAGCCUGGCGGAUCUAUUCUCAGAUUAGAGUCAGAGUAUUCUGGUGAUAGUGGUAUUGACGAAUGGAAUGAAAUUCCUUUUCAACACACAUCCUUUCUGUCCUCCCUAACAUCAUUCAUACCUACUCUCUCCUCCACGCCUUCAAGUGCUGCCGAAAUCGUCUCCAUUGCGACUCACACCUGGCCAACUGAUGUCGGCCAUGUUUGGACUCUUUCACGGGAUCGCACUUUGCGCUUCUGGAAAGCUAAGAUUGGCUGCGUUGCGACAAAAUUGCUUUCAUCGGUAUCUGGCCGAGAAGCGAGCCCUGCUCUCAAUAGUUCGACUCUACUAGAAGCCGAACGACAAACGCUUCUUCGUGUUUUCUCCACUCCAAGGAACGAAGAUCAUUUCUUUGUCCUUGCUUUCAUCCCCACUCCUUCCUCGGCGGCUUCAGGUGGUCGAUUCCAGCUCACCGACACCGCCUCUGACCAGUUUUAUGAUGUGGGGACAAUCGAGUGCUCGAGGCACAGCGCGCAUUGUCACUUACAGGAUUUCAUGGUCGUCGGUGAGGUUCUGUACACUCUUUGGGAUCGUCAGGGUCAAUCUAUGGUGGAGAAAACGACGAUACGGGUCGAGGAAAUCAUCGACAAUGGGGGAACUCAGCCCAUUAUCUGGCAAAACUCCACUUAUGCCUCUGAACCAGAGCUUACACCUGCCUACUUGGACGAACUACUUGUCUCUCCUGCUUCUCUUACUGCCAAAUUCUUCGAGGCCAUCAUGAGACCGGGAAUGUUUUCUGCGCUCACCCUACGAACCGCUAUCGAACAAUACUCUGAUGCUUGUGCUUCUCUUCCUGGCCCACUUCCAGCCGCCCUAACAACAACCUACGCGAGUGUAGGCGAAAACAUUGCCGCAGUCGUUGGUUGUACUGUCAGUCUUCAACGGGAUCCUCACACCGGCGCAUUGCAGCAUACCAACUAUUGGAGCGCAUUGAAAAGAGACUGGGAGGGCUUCAUCGCUCGAUGCCGAGAACUCGAGCGGAGUGCCCGGUGGCCACUAGUUCUUGCAGCCAGAGGUCAAAAUGAUAUUAUCAUCGUUGAAAGAGAAAGGGUCGGCGCUCUUGUAUCGGAAGAUGUCGCUAUUCGUCUUGAACGCAAUCUUAAAGAAGACCGGCUUGUUGAUCCAUCGCAUGCAAUUUUCGGAGUUCUAUGGGGACUGCAGGCGAAACUAGGGACGUCCUUCAUGCUCAGCCUCGAGAGCCGUUUGCUUGACAUUGUUCAACAAGAAAGCGCAUUCUCUUUCGCAGAUAUAGUUCAAGAUCAGGCUGCUAGAGUUGGUUUUGAAGACCAACUUGACGACGGUGCAAAAGCCUGGAUGGCAGGCCGUUUACAGACUGUGCCUGAUCUUGACGGUGCUAUCCGGACGGCGCUGGACAUCAUCGGCGGCUUUGACUCAGAUGUGAAAAGAGAGGAAGAUGAAGUCGAACUUCUCCUUCCGCCUCCACAGUCCGAUUGGUCCAGAGCGCUUACGGCAGCAUACAUUACUGUCACCGUCAAUGCUCGCUAUGACCUUUGUCUAGCUCUACUCACAUUGCUCUUCUUUUGCUCUGAGGAGUUGGACAGCUGGGAUCCGGCUUUGUUGGCCGAGGUGUUUGCCGUAUUUCGUGGUAUCGCCGUUCUCCGCCUGAUUUCUCAACAACCCACUGGUGAUACUGCUGGCUCUAGCGAUGGUUCGAAGAAUGCCGCAGAUGAUGUCAUCUCACGAUUGCAGAAUAUGCAAGUUUCGCGCAGUCUACGGGGCACGCAUUUCACGCCAACAUAUUCACUUAUCCACACACUCCUCAUUGGGCAUCCAGACACCCUUGGCUUACCUGGGGCAGCCCAUCGUUUCCUCGACUCUACAGGCUUGCUUCAGUCCAUUUCUCCCGCUAUGGCUACCAAGUACGAAGUCAUCUUUUGUGAGCGACUGCGUACACUGGGUCAAUAUGCUGCUGCCGGAGAGGUUCUAACAUGUCUACCGCGAACUGCUGGUGUCAAUUAUGUCCAAGCACGACUAUACCUGAGUACACAUCGACCCGAUGAAUCUGCUCAUAUACUCGAGAAGCUCGCUGGUGCUUUUUCGCCAAAUAAUGCCCUCUCUUCAGAGGAUCACGAAACAUUGUACUACGUGCUUCCAACAUCUGAAGCACCGGACUCCGCUUUCACCUUCUAUCUCCAUGCCGCGAAACUGUUUAAGGCUGCAGCGCUUGUUCAAUACGAAGUCUCAUUUACCCAGAUGGCCUUGUCUGUUGCUCCUUUGGAUGUAGACACCUCUCCACUGUGGGCAACUGUCAUCAAGGGUUACACGGAGCUGAGCCUAUAUGAUGAUGCAUACUCGGCCUUGGUCGCUACCCCACACGACAAAGAAAAGCGGGAAGGCGUUGGUCAGCUGGUUUACCGCAUGUGCGAAGAUGGUGCGGUCGAAAAGCUGGUCUCGUACAGCUUCCCCGGCUUCGCGGACGAGGUGGAAGAGGCAUUAGCAUUCAAGGCUCGGAAUAUCGACCCGCGGAUCCAGCCUAGUUACUCGCGUAUUCUCUACUCUUGGUAUACUUUCAAAGGGAAUCAUCGCAGUGCCGCUCUGGUCAUGUACCAGCGCGCGCGAAAACUACAAGAUAUCAUCGCAUCGGACAUAACCGCUGCACCUACUUUGGUCUCUCAACAGCUCCAGGCAUUGACGAUCGCCAUCAACUCAUUGUCCUUGGUUGCACAAAAGAACGCGUGGUUCCUAUUACCCGUUUCGAGCACUGAAUAUGCUAGAGAACAACCACCGCACAAACGAAGAAGGCUAUCCAGCCACAUCCCAGAAUCAAAAUUUACUCCGGGCAACCAUGACGUGGAGGUUGUUCCAUUGUCGGAAAUACAGCAUGAACACGCCCUUUUAUCUGCUCAAAUGAAUAUCGUAAAGCGGGAGCCUGCACUGGCUUCAUAUACUGAUCUCCCCCCCGAGUCGAUCGUGCUGAGGCUUGCGCAAGCUCGACAGUUCAACCUCGCAAUGUCCACUGCUCACAGCCUCAAAGUUGAUAUGACAGACAUAUUUGCGCAGCUUACGACGCAGUGUGAGGCGUUAUUUGUGCUUAUCGUUCACUACAGGCAAGAGGACAAUUCCGAUUGGCUGCUAACGGACAAGGUCUCUUCGUGGCCGGGGAGCCCCGCUGACCGAGGCUGGCGCUACCUUCGACAAGUGCUCGAGAGGUAUGAUGGCCCGGACACAGACUAUCGCUACACCAAAAUAACGCUGGAAACGCUGUUGGGAACCCAAAGAACCACACCCCCGCCCCUCUGGUUAAUCCACUCCCUAGAGGAACAUCACCAUGAAUAUCUCAUCCACGCCACCCUUCGGUCAGGUGACUUCGACCAAUGUAUAGCUCACACACUUUCCUUGAUUCAAAAGGCAGAUUCGCGGCUUUCGCGGGACACCACCAAACACGCCGCUUCCACAUGGCUGCCUUACACAUUAAUUGACCAAGUCUUGGUGGCUGCUGCCGGUUUGGAGCCACCUCCUCCCGGUCUUUCCCAAUUGAGAGUGCAGUUGGACAAUCGGCUGAAGCGGAUGCAGAGGCUGACUAAAAGUAAUCUUUCAGGCUGA